UACCUCAAACACAAAUUGUCAGACGAUGACGAUGAUCUGCUCUGUACAGGCAUACAUAACUUUCAUUGUUUCAAAAAGAAAAUGCAUACAUAUCUUUGACCACACUUUACAAGUGUACAUAUCAUGUCAAGAUGAUUACACCUAGAAAAAUGUAGUCCGGAAAUCACAACGUUUUGAAGCGGGUGAAGCGCGAAUGCAACCGUUUCACUUCUGGAAUUAUCGACUAGAUACUUCUUGAGAGUCAGGCAGCCGCGACCUUAUCACACCGGAAACUGGAGUUCCUCCCUCCUCCUUCAUCCGAGUUCCGGCCAUGUCCGCUCCCAGCGUGACCCCAAUCCCCAUCACUACCAUCUCCGAGCUUAAGCAGCACCACUCGCAACUCGUCCGCCUCGGCCUCGCCUCCCGCCCUGAGCACGUACGCCGCCUCCUGGCCUUCCUCGCGCGCGACCCAGCCGGCGUCCCCUACGCCGCGCGCCUCCUCGCGCAUCACCCGGACCCGCACCCGGCCCUCUUCAACCCGCUCUUCGCCUCCCUCCCGCCACACCACGCCGCGGCCUUCCUCGCCCUCAUGCUCUCCCUGCCCCUGCACCCCGACCACUUUACCUUGCCGCGCCUCCUGCCCGCGGCGCCGCUCCCGCUCGCCGCCCAGCUCCACGCGCUCCUCCUCAAGCUCAACUUCCACUCCCACGCUCACUCCUUCAACGCGCUCCUCGCCGCCUACCUCGCCAACGGCCGAGCGGACCUCGCCUCCCGCCUCUUCGGCAGCUGCUCCUCCCCUGGAGACCUCGACGUCGUGUCGUGGACCACCAUGGUGGGCGGGUUGUGCAGGCUGGGCCUCGUGGACGACGCCCGGAAACUGUUCGACGGAAUGCCUGAGAGGAAUCUGAUUUCCUGGAACGCGAUGAUCUCAGGGUAUGUCAAGGCUGGGCGAUUCUUGGACGCAUUAGAGGUGUUUGACCAAAUGCGGGCACUGGGAAUAGAGGGGAAUGGGUUCGUUGCAGCGAGCGCGGUGGUGGCUUGCACAGGGGCUGGCGUACUGGCCCGGGGGAGGGAGGUGCACCGGUGGGUGGAGCAGAGCGGGAUAACGAUGGAUGAGAAGCUGGCGACUGCAGUGGUUGACAUGUACUGCAAGUGUGGGUCUGUCGAGGAGGCAUGGCACGUUUUCAAGGUGCUGCCAACAAAGGGACUCACGUCGUGGAACUGUAUGAUCGGUGGGCUAGCGGUCCAUGGGAGGUGCAAGGAUGCAAUUGAGCUGUUCCACGAAAUGGAGAGGGAGGAUGUAGCACCGGAUGAUGUCACGCUUGUCAAUGUGCUCACCGCUUGCGCUCACACCGGCAUGGUCAGCGACGGUCACAACUAUUUCAACUACAUCGUGCAGAGAUAUGGCAUUGAGCCCAAGAUGGAGCAUUACGGCUGCAUGGUCGACCUGUUUGGGAGGGCAGGGCUACUCGAUGAAGCCAAGAAGGUGAUCGAUGAUAUGCCAAUGGAGCCAGACAUUGGUGUCCUUGGAGCACUCUUCGGAGCAUGCAAGAUUCACAGGGACCUUGAUUUAGGCGAGGCAAUUGGAUGGCGUGUCAUCGAGUUGGAUCCCCAGAACAGUGGACGGUAUGUGCUGCUGGCAAACCUCCUUGCCAGCGCUGGCCAGUGGGUGGACGUGGCCAAAGUACGUCGAUUGAUGGACGAACGGAACGUGAGCAAGGAGGCAGGGCGUUCUGUGAUCGAAAUCGAUGGCGAGGUCUGCGAGUUCCAGUGCGGGAGCCUGUGCCAUGCCCAGGAGAAGGAGAUAUUCGCUGCAGUCAAGGAUAUGAUGAGGAAGAUCAGGCUAGAGGGUUACAUGCCUGACACAAGCGACGUCCUGCACGACAUCACGGAGGAAGAGAAAGAGGUGCCACUACAGUACCACAGCGAGAAGCUGGCCAUAGCCUUUGGGCUGCUGCGCACGAGACCUGGUGACACGGUGCGCAUCACAAAGAACCUGCGAGUUUGUCGAGACUGCCACGAGGCGACCAAGUUUAUAUCUCGCGUGUUCGAGCGUGAGAUUGUUGUGAGGGACAGGAACCGGUUCCAUCAUUUCAAAGACGGGACUUGUUCGUGUCGAGAUUAUUGGUGAGUAGAACAGAUAUAAACCAGCUUAGUGAAGUACUCACUCCAUUCCAUAUCCGUUGAAAAAAAUGUUCUUACUGCGAAUUACUCCUCCACGUAUUGACUUGUACGAUAGCAAAGCACAAAAAGAACGUCGCGAGGAGGCAGUAUGUGGAGGGCUCGCUCGAGGCACUCUGCGGACCCGGCAACCUAGAGGAGAAAUAGGCAACAGUUUGAAGGGAAUGACCGUCGUUGACAGACGGAUUCGCUAAAAAGACAUCCAAGCUCAUGGCUGGAAGAAGAGCACGAGUUUUUCAAGUCAUCCAGGAAUGACAGGAACGAGAGCCCCGAGCAUCUAGAUGGGCUGUGCUCAGAUAAAAGCGGAUAGAUCCAAUGUUACUCGUGGAGAGAACCGGAGAAGGCAACAAUGAGACUGCGCCUGGCGGGCAGAUCCCAAGCCUCCAGCUACAGGACCCGUCUAACCACACACUGCGAAGACUUGAGAACCCAUCAAUCCACUACGUGUCAUCAGAAGACCCUCGGACGACGCAGCGUAGAGCCGCCCAAAUCAAAACACCAAGCAUAUGUAAUGCGUCUUUCUGCACUACAGGAUGGAUAGAAGUAGUCACAAAGUGCACUGACAGAGAUAGACGAAGUGCUCAGUCACUAGCAAGCAUCAGAUUACCAACAAACCCCACAAAUUCAACGAAUUCCAGCAGCUCAUUCGUUCA